AUUUUGGCUAAAAACAAUAAUAUGAAAAACAUUAGGGGUAUAAUUACCAAACGUGGAAUUAAAUUAUUUUCGCUCGAGGAUUAAGCCCAAUUGGCUUUCUGCUUCCCACCAGCUUCUUUUUUUUUUUUUUUUUUUCAAUCUGAUCCGCGAAAUUUCAAAGGAAUGGCCUUUUUCCUUCAAAAAAGUAGCCUUGCCAAUCACUUCAGAUCUUCUUAUCAGAAGACAGAGGGUUCCUUGGCUGUCCCAAAUCGAGCAUUUCACGUGGAACUUGGGGAUCGUGAGAAAGCUCUCUUGGCAAAGGACCCUUCUUUAAGCCGAUUUAAAUCUUAUAAGAAGAAUGUGUGGCGACUGAAGAGAAUUGGGGAUGUUCUGACAAUUGUCGUUGUAGCAGGUUGUUGCUAUGAAAUUUAUGUCAAGGCAGCAAUGCGAGAAGAAGCUCGGAACCAAGCAAAGGCUGCUGGUGGAAGUGAAUGAGGCUGUGCAUUUUUUGCUUCUGUGCCAAAAGGAAAAAGUGCAAAAACAAAAUUUGCCGGUGCGACAUUCUUGAAUAUAAGACUCUACUCAGCAAAUUUCUUUCAGGUUCUCAUCUUUCACAAAAUGAUUCCAAUAAUUUAAGAAAAUUGCCCAUCUGGUUUUUUUGAGUAUGCACUGUGACAUAAAGAAAACAUCCAAACCGUACUGCUGUGUGCUAGUUGGAGAGGUGAAAAAAGAGAAGCAGUGAAUGGGUUGCUGUGAAAACCUGCACUCAAAUUGCAAAAUAUUAUCCGUUUUGACUCGAAGGUCACACGGUUUUAUUUCACAAAAGGGACCACAUAAGUUUUAGGUUUAGAUCUUUAUAUAUAUCAUAUCAUAUCCACAUAUUCUUUCAAUGUGAGAUUGAGGGCGUUACAGUUGCAUUUUACUUCAGCAAAUGCUUAAUCGCAUGAUAUGUUACUGGAACUAGGUAUUAGGCAAGAUUAAGGUUUUGGGAUGUUGUCAUCUCAUUUGGCUUAUAAUUCUGGUUCAAGAAUGCAGGUUUUGUUGUCACUCUGUGCACACAUUAUCAUAGCAUGUGGGUUGUAGAUGAUCAUGCUCUGUUAAUUGUGCUUCAAUGGUUUAAUCAUGUCGAUCAUUUUUCAAUACAGUUGCCAUUGAAAGGAGUUAAUCACACUUUUAGAAUCUGAAUUUUAAAAAAAUAUACAAAUUAAUACCUAAAAAAAAUAAAAUGUACAAUUUGCAUAUUGAAUUUUCAAAUAAUAUAUCAUUUAGGCUCAAAUUCUAAUAUUAUUAAUUUAAUCAGUUUAUAUUGUAAUAGAAUCAGUACAAUUUUGAUAUAUACAUGUUAUUUAUAUAUGCAUGUUAUUUAUUAAAUAAAAGUGUUAAAUAUUUUGUAAAAAUUUUAUGUGAAUGUCAUAUGGAGGUCAAGCGAUAAAAAA